AAAAUGGACUUUGAGAUGAUGAUAAGCUGCAAAAAAACGAUGCGGUGAUGUGGGCUGUUGAUGAAAAAAUGCUUUCUUUGGAUCAAAAAAUAUUCUAGAUGCCUGACUGGUAUCAGUAAGACCUCACCCCCGCCUUCCACUCUUCUUUUUCUCCCCCCUUUUCAUGGAACAAGAAUUAAUAGAGCUAUUACUUGCUUCAAAAAAGGCGCUUUCUUCUGGACAAACCAUAUGUGCUCAGGCCAAUACCAUUUUACAGACCUCGGAGAAACAAGUCGAUCUGAUUGCAAAACUUCAUGCCAAGCUUGCUUUUGUGCAUAACCAUAUUUUAGUUCAGUCAAGUGCUUUGGAAAGAAUCAAAGGAUACAUUUUGGACCAAACAGAUAUCUAUCACGACAUUAUAAAGAAAAGAGAGGGGCAAUUGCAAGAUUUAACGAUUGAACUGACCACUAUUUUCAGUUUAUUGAAAAACUGCAAAGUGGAUAAAGAUAUCUUGAAAGUGAAUGAAGAAAGACGGCAAGAACAGCAGUUAUCGUUACGGCAUCCUCCUCCAGCCGAUGCCAUGGACGUUCACCUAGUGGGAACAGCACAAGACGCUGAAAAAGUAGAAAAACAACAACAGCAAGAGCAUCAUCCGUACACGUGCUUGUUUGAUUACAUCUCUGAUCAAGAGAUUAUAGAGUUACAAAGACAGGCGGAUGAUAAAAUUGGAGAAUUGGAAGCGAUUAGCAACUCUUUAGAAAAUCAAUCGAAAACCAUCCAUAGCUUUUUAAUAGAGAUAGCCAAAACGAGAAAGAAAGCAAUGACGAUACCCCUCCAUGCCAUGGUCGCCGAUUAUGCCACUGAAAAAAUGCAGAUACAAGAAGAAGAAAUUGCCACCAUGGCCGACAUCCUGUUGAGUUUGACGAAUCAUUACGAUCAACUAGGAGAAGCGACUCGAUUAUGCCAAUCUCUUUCCAAUCCAGAGGAACGAUCCCAGUUAGAUAUCUCGGUACUCAAGGAUGACCACGAACAUAUACCCAGUAUUUUAGAAGAUCUCAGAAGCAGCUUAGACAUUGUAGAGUCCAUCAGUGAGGAAAUCAACACUCGAGUGCAAGUGUAUCUGCGUAUCAGAGAAGAGUCAUUGAAGAUGAUGCACCAAUUUGAUCAAUUUGGGGCAAAGGGCGGUCCAGCAGAUAUGAUGUUGGAGAAACUCAUGGAUGCUGAGAAUAACGUAAAAGAAAACGAAUUACGGCUGGAUGAGUUUUUUGGACAGUUAUCCUCUUUGGCAGAAUGGUAUAGAUGCUAUGCAUCGUCCUAUAACUAUUUAUUACUAGAAAUCGAAAGACGAAGAAGAGCGCAAGAGAAGCAAGAGGCCCUGAGAAGCGAGUUGUUAAAGACAUUAGAGGAAUCAUUGAAUGAUGAAUUACAGGAAAGGAGAUCUUGGUCAUCACAGCAUGGACAAUAUUUACCAGAAGUGCUUUGUCCGUUCAUCAAUGAUCCGCCACCGGUCAUUAAGGUAGAGAUAGAAAGUCCUCCAGGACGAUUACCUAACGUAUCACCAGAGAAUAUAGAAAAGGCGUUGGCUGAAAUUCACAACCCUUCCACAUCUCCUUCAUAGAAGAGGGCUCCCAACCACCGAUACCAUCCACGACUCAUGUGUAAAUAGCCUAUGAAUUCAAAUCAUCAAAUCAUCAAAUCAUCUUUUUUUUUUAUCCACAUUUUAAUUGUACACAAAACUUGUAAAAAAAAAAAA